AUGGAGGUGUCAUUGGUGGAAGCAGACGGCCUGCCUGAAGGAUGCCUUCUCUCCAUCCGAUCAGGCUCCACACGACGACAAGCAUCCGUGGAUUCCAAGUUCAAGCUCUUCUUCCCCAAGGGAGGAAGAGCCGGCGAGGAAGUCAAGGUGGAUGCUUUGCUGCCCAUCGGUACGCAUGUGUUGAAGCUGGAGGAAGGCAAGGACCAGUACGAGAUGGACCUCAAUGGCAUGCAGGUUUCCCUGCACAUGAAGGAGGUGGAACAGCAACCAUUGGAACAGGACGCAGAUGCGAAGAACGAGAUUGACCCACAUGCCAGUCAUCGGCAUCGCGUGGCCAUUUCGGCCCGAAAGUACUUGGAUGAACAUCAACUGCUGGGCUGGGCCCAUAGGCUGUUUCAAGAUUUGAUCCACGAUCAGCCAGACGAUCCGUGGGCCUACAUCGACCAACGAACCGGCGAGGCCCGCACGACGGAUCUCAUCAACAAGGCACAACAGAAGAAAGUGGAAGAGGCCAACUUGGGUGGUCUUCAGCAGGCUCCUGACCUGCCAGAACUGCCACCAAACUUGGAUGACGACGAUGGGGUGCUACAGACCGAAGAGGAGGUUUUGGACAACAUCCGCGUUAAAGCCCACAAUGCCUUGAUGAAGGCUGCUGAGGACGGCUCCCUGGAGAAGGCUCUAAACCUCGGAGAAAAGUCCCAAAAGCCAUCCCUGGAGGAGAUCCGUCAAAAGGCUGCUCAGCACCUGAUGAAAGCAGCUCAAGAUGGGAGCCUUGAAAAAGCCUUGGCUGGGAAGGGCAUGAACAUGGACGAGAUGGAUGCCAUUCGCCAGGAGGCAGCCCAGACCCUGCUGAGAGCUGCAGAGGAUGGAAGUUUGGAGGCAGUUUUGAGCAGGAAGACUGGCGAUCAGGGCUUGGAUGCCUUACGUCAAGAGGCCGCGCAGACCUUGCUGAAGGCUGCGCAGGAUGGCACAUUGGAGGCUGUUCUGAAAAAGAAGCCUACCGAUCAGGAUGUUGAGAGCAUCCGGGCGCAAGCCGCGGCCACCCUACUGAAGGCGGCAGAGGAUGGGACGCUGCAGAAGGUGCUGUCAAGUCAAAGCGUGGACCAGGACCUGGACCUCUUGCGCAAGGAGGCAGCCCAAACCCUGCUGAAGGCGGCCGAGGACGGAUCCCUGGAGGCCGUUUUGAAGAAGAAGGGCACGGAUCAGCAGGACCUGGACGCCUUGCGCAAGGAAGCUGCACAGACUCUUCUGAAGGCGGCACAGAAUGGAACCUUGCAGUCGGUGCUCAGCCAGAAGACUGGGCAGGACAUGGACAAGCUCCGUGAGGAUGCCGCCUCAUUGCUCCUGCGGGCUGCAGAGGAUGGAACCUUAGAAGCGGUGCUGAGCAGCCGGGUGAAGGUGCAGAAGGUGCAGAAGGAUCAGGAGCUUCUACGAUCGAAAGCUGCGGGCAUCUUACUGAGAGCCGCGGAAGAUGGGACGCUGGAGGAUGUUCUCAUGAAGAAGGCCACCAUGAAGGACCCGGAAGAACUGCGUCACCAAGCGGCUGCGACGCUGCUGAAGGCUGCAGAGAAUGGAACCCUUGAGGAAGUGCUGAAGAGCAAGGCCAAGGGGAACGACCUGGAGGCGAUCCGCUUGGAAGCCGCACGCGCCUUGUGUAAGGCCGUGGAGGUGCCGGGCACCCUCGAAGCUGCUUUGGCCAAAGCCAGGGGCCAGGCUUGGCCGUGGAGUUUGGAAGGUAUCCCAUGCACAAUCCACCAGCUCGACACUGGGGAGCUCAGCAAGACGUCGAAUACCUGGACUUCGAUGAAUCCUGAGUGCAAUCACAAGCUCUGGAAUGCCACGCAGGUGGAAACCUUGGUGCGGGAGCAAUCUCCGGAUCUCAUUUGGCCCAUCUGGGACUCGCUGUCCGUGGAGGAACGUGGCGACGUCUUUCGGUACUUGGUGAUCUGGCACCAAGGAGGUUGGUGGGCGGACAGUGACGUGGCGUGUUUGAAGCCUAUCGCCGACUUCCCCGUGCCGUCCAAUGCAACCAUGAUUGUGGGUUAUGAGUUUGGGCAUCGCUGGUCUGAGAAGCAAAGGCAAGAAGUAAACUUCGCUCGGACGGAGCAGUUUGCCAAGCACCCUGGGCUGAGGUAUUUCUUCGCUGCCGCACCGCGCAACCCCGUACUGUUGCGCUGCUUGCGGAUGGUGCGGCAACGCUUCUCGUGGAAGAUCUUGCAGACCUCGGAUUUCACGGGCUCGGCGCUCUUCAGCGAUGCUGUGAAUGAGUUCCUGGAGUCAGACGAGUCCUUGAAUAAGGAGAUUUCUGUCCGCGUGAGUCCUUCAGAAGGAGAACACCUUCUCCUCAGCUUUCAAAGUGAGCGCAUGUACCUCAAGCAGAACUGGAACGUCUGGAUUUUGGCCGCCGGCCGCGUGAACUCGGCCCCCCAGGUGUCUGCAGAUGACCCAAUGGAGGCUCAACAGACAUGCGAAGCCGCAGCCCACCAUGGCAAAGAGCUAAAGGAACGCCAGGAACGGGAACUCGAAGUGCUGAAGCAGGAGGCCGCCUUGGCCCUAUUGAAGGCUGCGGAGGAUGGGUCUUUGGACAAGGCAUUUGCCGAGACCAGGGGAGAGGACCUCGAAGGGCUCCGCAGGGCUGCAGCUGAGACGUUGCUGAUUGCUGCGAAGGAUGGACGAUUGGAGCAGGCUUUGGGAGGUGGAGCCGCAGAGGCGAAGGACCUGGAAGCCUUGCGCCAGACGGCGGCCGACUCCUUGCUGCAGGCGGCGAAGGACGGAAGCCUGGAACAAGCCCUCGAGAUUGUCAAGAAGGACUUUGACUCGGUUCAAUUGGAUGACUUGAGGAAGCAGGCCGCUACAGCGCUCUUGCGCGCCGCGGAGGAUGGGCGCUUGGCCAGCGCCUUGGCACCCAAGGAGCUGGAGCAGAUGCGGCAGGAGGCGGCAGAUGCCCUUUUGCGCGCUGCGAAGGAUGGCAGUUUGGAAAAGGCCCUGUUGAAGGAAACACGUGCCAGCUUAACGGAUCAGGAGGUGAAAGACCUGGCCCGCAACACCUUCGAGGAAGCUGCCUUGGACGGGCGCCUGGCGAAAGCAUUGAGUCAAACCCUGGCCUCCAAAGAGGUCUCUGGUGAGAUGGACGUGGAGGGUUUGCGUGUAGCCGCCAAGGACACCUUGCUGGCUGCCUGUGCGGAUGGUCGUUUGGAGAGUGCCUUGAAGUCACGUGCACGUGCUGAGGUGGUGGAUAGCAUCACGACCUGGGCCGCAGAGGCGAACCAGGUGGCAAAUCCCAAGGACAUCCAAGCCAUCAAGGAUAAGGCUGCGGAUGCCUUGGUGAAGGCUUUGGGCAUGGAGGACGCAGCGCCUCGAGUGCCAGAGCCAGAGGCGAAGGUGGCGCCCUCGCCACCUUCGGAGGAGAUGGCGAAGCUGGAUGUGAAGAAUGUCAAGGCCAAGGUGGCCUGCGAUGCACUACAGAAGGCCACCAGGGUGAAAAUCGUGGGGGUGCAGGCAUACUUUCUGAGUGGAGCCUUCGACUGCUUGGAUGUGAAGGAGCCACUGACAGGCUGA